ACGGUAACGUAACGAGACUGUAACUGUAACGAGACUGUAACUGUAACGUGACUGUAACGAGACUGUAACUGUAACGUGACUGUAACGUAACGGUAACGUGACUGUAACGAGACUGUAACGAGACUGUAACGUUGGCUCCACCGGUUGGACGACAACGUGACAUUGAGGAGGGCGGCAGCAGGAGAGGUUGACAACUCUUCACUCACCUCUUCACUUAACGCAGCUGGGCUGCUUUGUUCAACCUCCAUUGUUCAGGAUAUUAUUAUAUUUUUUAUAGUUGGCUUUAAUUUGGUUGUCACCAAGGCGACGUCGCGAGUAGCGCUCGGUAACAGACUUUUUUUUAAAUCCAGCGUUACAGUGUCUGGUUUGAACAGCCUUUGCAGUCACUGCAGCAGCAGCAGCAGCAGACUAAACGCCGUGCUGUGGUCCACCUCAAGGAGGAAACUGUCACCUCUGCUUCGACUGAAACUGUAUCAUCGCCCUGAACCUGGCAGAGUCGAUCACCAACAACAAGCAGACUGCACACAGCCGGCUAGCAGCGGGCUAACAGCUAGUUAGCUGUAAGUCGACUACGUGAAGAACUUUGUUGGCAAGCUACCACUACCAACUCAUCAUCAGCGGCGUCUUUAACCCCCUGCCUCUGGUCAAAGUCCCCGUUUAGAUGCAGAUACCGCUAUCUGAAUAACUGGGUACAGGAGAUAAAGUAGGAGCAUCAUGCACAUUGUUGUUGCAAAAGUGAGCUAACACCCAGCUAGCUUUCAAGCCAUGCUAGUGUUUAACGUGACUCGCUGGCUGUUCAUGAAUGUACCGGAUCGGGACGUCGGGUGUUGCCUGGAGGUCGGCCCUCCACUGAACCGCUGCUGAUGACUGGUUGGUGACUGGAGAAAAGACCUGGUGUCGUCUCCUGUCUCGCCUGGGACAAAAGAAACUCGCCUUUAUUUGCCAAGAAUAGUUUCUUUCUAUGAUUUCUGUGACAACAGUAUGAUGGGAUCUCUGAAGGCUCUCCAGGAGUGGUGUCGGAUACAGUGUGAGAACUACAACGAUGUGGAAAUAAGGGACAUGUCAACGUCCUUUCGGGACGGUCUGGCGUUUUGUGCCAUAAUACAUCGUUACAGACCAGAGCUGAUAGACUUCGGCUCGCUGUCUAAAGACAAUGUCUACGAGAACAACCGACUGGCAUUUGAAGUGGCAGAGGCAGAGCUGGGGAUUCCAGCCCUGUUGGACCCAGAAGACAUGGUGUCCAUGAAAGUGCCUGACCGACUCAGUAUCAUCACAUACGUCUCCCAGUAUUACAACUUCUUCAACAACAAGUCUCAAGCAAACCCCCCUUGCAUGAAAAGGCUGAGUUCUGUUGGCCAUAAUGAGCCUGCCCAGAAAAGGCCCUCAACCCCAUUGGAAGACAAAGGGGUUGAGUCUGAGCCGAUCCAGUCCGUGCAGACAGGUGUAGAAGCGGUUGCAGCAGUGAAGCGCAGCACGCUCAGCAGUACCUGCGCCGCCUGCCAGAAACACGUCCACCUGGUGCAGAGGUUUCUGGUGGACGGCAAGCUCUACCAUCGCAACUGCUUCAGGUGCAUAGAGUGUCACAGCACUUUGCUUCCUGGAUCCUACAAAUUAGGAAGCGACUCUGGAGCGCUGGUUUGCUCUCAUCACCUCGCAAGGCAUGCUUCAGCCAAUCAAAACGGCCGACCGGAUCUUAGUAAGAAACCAGCGGUAGUUCAGUCCACCAGGAUUGGUCGCGGCACAGUUCCUCACACCUCGCCCUCUGAGGAGGACCAGGCAAAGACUCUUCCUCCUGUGUGCCCAACAAAUGAUACCGACAUGCCUGCCAGUGACUCUGUCACAGUCACUGCUGUUGCAACAAAUAACGCAGACUCUUUGGAAAAAGCAAAAGACGAGGAUGGCAGUGGAGAGACAGAGGAGAUACCACGUUCUGCUUCUCCUCCCAACCCUUUUGAUGAGAGUGAUGAAGAGGAGGAAGAGGAGGAAGAGGAGGAGAAGGAGGAAGAUACUAAAACACCAGCCAACUUAACAACUAACGGGGACCUCCCUUCUACACCUGUCAGUCAUCAUGAAGGUGCCAGUCGGCCAGUACCAGCGCCCCGCCGGGUUGCUGAGCAAACCCCCCCUCCUCGCCCUGCGCCUCGGGUUCGGCUACCCCGUACAGGAGACGGCCUUAUAGCCGGUGAAAACCAGAAGCCUCCAACUCCUCCAAAGCCUCGAGAAAGAUCACAGUCUCCUGGAAGCCUGUCCAGUGGCACCCAUAAACCCAAAGACCCACCUUGGCUCGCCCUGGUCCAAUCAGAACACAAGAAGAAGAAAGCCCCUCCCCCUCCCCCUGCCGGACUGACAACCCCUCCCAAUACAGGCUCUCUGUCCUCUCUCAAAGGGGAGGGCUCCAGACCCAGCACGCCCCCUCCGCCCUCCAACCCAUUCGACGAGGAUGAUGAGGAUGAAACUAAGGAGCUAGAGGAAGAAGAGGGAAGUGAAGGAAGUGAGAUUCCAACCACAGUCGUGGCUACUCACCCUUGGUACAGCAUCACUCGGACAGCUGACGCAACAGGUGCAGACACCCCCCCUAGUGGAGGAAGCUCGUCCCGCUCCGCCAGCCCCGGGAGCGCCAACAGGAAGAAACGGCCGGCACCUCGUGCACCGAAGCCCCCUGCAGGUAACCAAGUUCUUCCUCACUCUCAGCCCUCCUCUUGCUCCCCCUCUCCAGCUCUCAGCACAGAGAGUCUGUCUUCAGGCUCAGACCACAGCUCCUCCCAGCCCCCGUUGGGUGGCAGUGCCAGCAGCGACCAGCAACACGCCUUCACCAAGAGUGUCUCAGAGCCCUCCAUCUGUUCACCGUGCGACUCUGCGGCCUCUCCUUCCUCCUCCUCCUCAGAGCACCUGCCUCAUCCCUCCCCAAGCCCUGUCCCUUCUCCAAUGCCAUCAAAUGCCAGCUCAGCUCCAGCCACCCCACAGACAGGUCGCAGCUUGGGGACCAAAGGGGCCGGAGCCCCUCCACCACGACCACCGACGACUCCCAGCCCAUUGGCCUCAGCAGCCACCCAGUCACACAAUAAGCGGAUCUGUAAAGAGAACCCGUUCAACAGGAAAGCCUCUCCCUCCCCUGCAAAAUCCAAAUCCAGACCACCAAAAGGCCCACGUCCCGCCAGACCCCCGGCCCCUGGUCAUGGCUUCCCUCUUAUUAAACGCAAGGUGCAGUCAGAUCAGUACAUCCCAGUGGAGGACAUCCACGGGGAGAUGAGUCAGCUGGAGAAGCAGCUGGAUGCACUGGAGCAGAGAGGAGUGGAGCUGGAGAAGAAGCUGAGGGACAACCCUAACGAUGAGGAUGAGGAGCACCUGUUGGUGGACUGGUUCACUCUCAUCCAUGAGAAACACCUUUUAGUACGACGAGAAGCUGAGCUGGUCUACACAGCAAAACAGCAGAACCUGGAAGAGAGGCAAGCGGAUGUGGAAUAUGAGCUGAGGUGUCUUCUCAACAAACCAGAGAAAGACUGGACAGAGGAGGACAAGAGUCGGGAACAGGAGCUAAUGGCGGAGCUGGUUACCAUCAUUGAACAGCGCAACCAAAUUGUGAACAACAUGGACCAGGACAGGCAGAGGGAAGAAGAGGAGGAUAAACUUAUCGGAGCCAUGCUGAAGAAAAAAGACUUCAAUAAGGACCCAGAGGGCGAGCAGCAGCAGCAGCAGCAGCAGAAGAAAAAAGGGGCAAAGUUCAAACCCAUUAAGGUGCUCAAGAGGCUGAGCCAUAAAGGAGAACCAGGCAAGAGCCCCCACAAGGAGAAAACACCAUAAAAAGGACAAAUUCUCCUCCCAGAGGACAUGAGACUAUUUUAAUAAAAUGACGGAGGAAAAAAAAAAAAAGAUGUGAGGAAAGAAAUAUAUCAGGUCAAUAAAAUCAAAGAUAUGUAUACAAAAGACGCCGCAUCGGCCGCUGGAUGAUACUUCGCCACCGUAUUGGACCGGGCAAGACGGGCCUUGCGACGAUCCGAACAACGGGCCAAAGCGGCGUCUGUGUAUACAUGUCUAUGAAUAAGAUGAGGUCUCAUUUAACUGUCAUUAAUGACUUGAAGUGCAGCCCUGUAUCCACUCCCUGCUCGCAUCUUACUUCACUAUUUUCCGUUGUGUGUUUUUAAAGAGACACUACAACAACUCAACGCUAUUAGAGCUGAUAUGUCUGUGAGCUCUCUGACCUGUCAAGCUAGGAUGUAUGAUUCGUAUGAUUCGUAAUUACUGCACUGAUGUGUUCUGUAUUGCUUCGCUAUCCUUGCAUUGCACAGCGUCUGUAGGUCUUUGUCAAGGCUCGGCAAAAGUGCGAUUCGUCAGUUCCCUUUGAAUGAAGUCAGUUGGAUGCAAGUUUUUAAUGUUUUAACUCUGCUCCUGAUGUACUCUCCUUGAAUAGCUUUCUCCUCCGCUCUGUGAUUCCAAUGGUUAGUAGAUGGAUAUCUGAGAAGGUUUCAUGUCAUGUCUGUCUGUCUUCAUCCUGUGGUACUAGCGAAAGAAAAGUUUUUUUAAGAUGUACUCUGCUUUAAAUUUUACCCUUGAAAUGCUCAAUCAACAAUGGAUACCUAAGCUCUUCUAGCUGCUAUGUUAUGGUUGUUUGUGGUUUCCUUGUUUUUCGUUUCUUCAGUGAUAGUUUAGUGAGGUCAUCUGUUUAAAUGCGUAUCAUUGAAGAUGUAGAUGAGUGUAGAUAGAGUAUUUAUGGGUGUGUGUGACUGGAAGCAAAGUGGGAGACUCAAUAAUUUAGAAAAUGUGAGGUGAGGAGGAGUCAUUAUAGAAAGUAUUCAACUUCAGAAGUCUGUUAGAAAAUGUAUUAAUAUAAAAGGUCACACAUACAAUAAUGAAUAUUAGACAUACAGUACAGUUAACAACUGUAGCAGAACCAGCUACCAGUUUAUAACAGUUUUAACCAUUGGGGAAAACCUGAAUAUGCAAUCAUUAAUUUAUAUUUUACUAUGCCUUUCUGUAUGUUUCCAUGUUUUGCCUUAAAAGUAUAAAAGUAAAAAUGUUAAUAUUGUUUGUAAGAGUGCCAUUUAUUUUAUUGCAUAUGUGGAUGAGCGUCAUUUGUUGGAGCUAAUGUAAAUGUCAGUAUGUUUACUCAUUCUGUUCCUGUUAUGUUAUUUAGAUUGUCUAUUUGUCCUCCAUUUUAAAUGGUAAUCUCUGUUCUGUCUGUUUGUGCUCUGUGCCUGUCCUCCUGUCCGGCUGAAACCAAGGGCUUCUGUAGUGCCACAUUUCUGUCAGCUAUACAUGGUCCUAAAACAGCAGCGGGAUUAUACAAAAUACUGACACUGGAAGGCAGAGGAAUAAAAUAACUUAAUGCAA